GAAAAUUAUAUAAAUUAUAAAUGAAACUAUUUUAUAUUAAAAUUAAUGUAAAUAAUACAAGAGAGAGAGAGAGAGAGAGAGAGAGAGAGAGAGAUCGCAACUACAAAUUAAAGAGGUUUUAGCUUUGAAGUUGCAGAACACGGAGGUGUGUAUAUAUAUAUCUCCAUAUCUCUCUACAAUUUCAAAAAACCUCCAGCAUAUUGAUUCUACUCUGGUUCGCUUGCUCCAAUCAAGAUGGGUACGGGAAGCUUUUGUGAAUUAUGGGCAUGUUUGGCGCUGUGUGCAUUAAUGUUGUUGAGAACACAAGGUGCCGGUGUAGGAAUCACAUAUCUUGAAAGUGCUGUAGCCAAAGGAGCUGUUUGCUUAGAUGGUAGUGCACCGGCUUACCAUUUUGAUAAAGGGUUUGGUUCUGGGAUUAAUAAUUGGUUGGUUCACAUGGAGGGAGGAGGAUGGUGCACAGAUAUUGCAACUUGUAGUGAACGGAAAAAUACCCAGAAGGGUUCAUCGAAGUUUAUGGUGAAGCAAUUUGGCUUCUCUGGUAUAUUGGGCAGCAAGCAAAAGUCUAAUCCAGAUUUUUUCAAUUGGAACAGAAUCAAGAUUAGGUACUGUGAUGGCUCCUCCUUCACCGGUGAUAUCGAAGCAGUAAAUCCAGCAAACAAACUUUUCUUCAGAGGUGCAAGAGUAUGGCAUGCUAUAAUCGAUGAUCUUUUAGCAAAGGGGAUGAGGAAUGCACAAAAUGCAAUUCUUUCAGGCUGUUCUGCUGGGGGAUUGGCCUCUAUUUUGCAUUGUGAUGAAUUCAGACAGCUUCUCCCCUCUACUGCUAAAGUAAAAUGUGUUGCUGAUGCCGGCUAUUUCAUUCACGGCAAGGAUAUUUCUGGAGGAUCUUUCAUUGAAUCCUUUUUCGGAAAAGUGGUUGCUACACAUGGAUCUGCAAAGAACUUGCCAGCAUCCUGCACUUCGAGAACAAGACCCGAACUUUGCUUCUUCCCACAAUAUGUGGUGCCGCAUAUGCAGACACCAAUUUUUAUUAUAAACGCAGCUUAUGAUUCUUGGCAGAUCAAGAACAUUUUGGCACCAAGUGCGGUGGAUCGUAAAAAGGAGUGGAAGAACUGCAAACUUGAUUUAAAGAAGUGCUCUUCCGCUCAACUCCAGACUGUUCAAGCUUUCAGACAGCAAGUUGUAAAUGCAGUGACUCCACUUCAUAACUCAACAUCAAGAGGGCUGUUUUUGGAUUCCUGCUAUACUCAUUGCCAAGCUGGAGGGGCAGACACAUGGUCCGGAGACAAGUCUCCGACUGUUGGUAACACGGUACAUUCCUCCGUCAUCCCUCUUUACCCUCUGUAAAUAACAGCGCAAAUUAUCAGUUAA